CACGUCACUUCUACUUUCCUUUACUUUUUUUUCCCCCGCCAGAUACCAACUUUAAUAGCAAAUGUCUCGUGGAACUACAUUUGGAGCAUGUCGUGCCGGGAAUGGGCAGAAGCUCAACUGGCGGAGCUCGAGCUGCUGUCCAGCAUGUUCCCCACGCACGAAGAACUGGAGAUCGUAGAUCAACUUGCCCUGGCCGAGCUCCGAGACUACGCCGACGCCGAGGGGUCGUCGCCGGCGUCCACCGACGGCCCACCGGUAUCACCUCCCACAUCCAGACCCCAGUUCGUCAUCAAGCAGAGGCUGGAAGAUGACACAGGAGUCGCUGAGGGGGUGGAGUUCAUUCUCUCCUGCACGUAUCCACCCGAGUAUCCCAGUGUGGUCCCGGAGAUAACAGUUCGCUGUAGUGGACUGAGCCGUGGCCAGCAGACGCAGCUCCACGCCGGACUCAACGCGCACCUCGCCGACGCGUGCCCGGGUGAAGUCUGCGUUCUGUCGGCGGUGGAGUGGCUGAAGGAGAACUUGCGCGCAUACGUAGACAAAAGCUCCUCUGCGCCUCCUCCUCCCCUGACGGACGCGGCCUCGCCACUGCGGCGGCAGGCGUUCAGUCGCCUGUGGAUCUACAGCCACCACAUCUACAACAGCACCAAGAGGAAGAACAUCUUGGAGUGGGCCAAGGAGCUCGGACUGUCGGGAUUCAGCAUGCCCGGCAAGCCCGGGAUUGUUUGUGUCGAAGGCGAUCAGGAGGCCUGCGAGGAGUUCUGGUCCAGACUCAAAGCCUUGACGUGGAAGCGGAUCACGAUCCGCCACCGAGAAGACGUUCCCCGGCACGACGUGCCGAGCGGCCCAAGCGUGGACUCCCUGCGCAAGUUCUGCGGGUUCGAGGAAGCGGCGUUCGACCCCUGUGGGAACCACAUGGACCUGGGCCUGCUCUACCAGUUCUUGCGGGAAAAGGGCUGCGGCGACGUCUUCCAGAUGUACUUCGGUGUGGAAGGGAGGGGCUAGUGGACCCCGCUGCUAUAUUUCCCACACACGGCGCCUUGUUUGUUUGCAAAGUAUUGAUCGGAUGGUGAGCACAGCUUGAUCGUACGACGCAGUGGAAAUUGACCACACAGUUAGCAGAAUUUGAAAUCCCAGAUUACGGUUUGCAGUUUUACCUCACAGUGAAUGUUUCUGCUGAGAUUUGAGGGAAAAAUGGACAAGCAAAUUCAAAAUGCUACUCGUAUUAGCCACGCAGGCCCCGCGGGAGCAGCUCGAUUCACAAACGCUGCUGCUAUGGCGACUAUUGAUUUGAUCUGAAGAAUUAUAGAUAAGAAACCCAUUUUCUUUUCACGAUAAGGUAGAUCAAUCGGGGACCGCACUCCAAUUAAAAGCUGUGAUUAAUGAUUGUGUCUCUUUCAAGAUAAAAAUCACGGAUUAAUUAGGGAAAGGGUUGCCAAAUUACCCAUUAGGAUCGCAUUUUAAAAGGAGAAAAUUGCACAAAUUAAGGUUUCAAGAAUUUCAAACUAAGUUUAUCUUCAGAGUUGGGUUUUCUGCUCAGGGGCCAGGUUUACAGUUAGGGUUUGAAAUUUAGGCCUCAGGCCUGGUUCAGGAUCUUACAUGGUUUUUGGAUUAGGUUAGGGUUAAAAACUGGUUAGGGUUUUUCAAAUGACGUUCAAAUUAUUCUUCAAAUUAAGUGACUUUCAACCGGAUAAUUUAUAGAACCUCCUCGUGGAGAACCUUCUGGAAAAGCAUCGUUUCUGUGUGCGUGCUCUCUUGUGGCCAGCAGGUGGCAAUGUUUAACAAGCCGAACGCUUUCAAACGCAAAAUCCAAUCCGAUCCAAUAAACAUGCAAAAAAAAAAAAA